GGGUUCUUAAUCCUGCCUACGAUGUUGUAGUGUUGCGACAAGAUCUCUCAGUACUGGCCUGGCGUGGUGCAGUGCGUGUUAUGUGUCUGUGGGUGGUGUGGUGUACUGUGGUGGUCGUGAUCAGUGUGGUUGUGUACUUGAGUGUGGUGUUUUGCUGUGAUUACUUUAUCGGUAUUGGAAACCUGAAGGAGUUGGCAAUGCGUCCUGUGCCGGAUAUAUUUUACUUCAGGGGUUAAGUCCAAGUUUGUGGCUGGAAGCUUGCAUGAAUAGCGUUGAAGAUUUAAAGACGCAGUUCUGGCUGACGAAAGACUCGGAUUCAAUUACAGUUCGCUGAUAGUGUAAUUCUUAAUCAUUUCAAAAAUUGGUCAUAUCUUCAGUGGAUUUUGCUUACUUUCAUUAUGUUAUUGAUCGAUUCUGAAGCUUCACUCAGCACACGUACACACAGCUAGAGUCUCUGGUUGCUCUUAGGAAAUCUAUAGCCAGCAAAGCACAUGACAAAAGAGAAAUCCUAUAAAUAAACUUGAAAUUAGAUUCGCCACAUGAUGCGGUGAGACCAGUUAAAUAGAAAAAAAAAAGUGUUAGAGUCACAUGAAAAAAAUUAAGACAGUAAAUCUAAAUGAAUCAUAUAAUACUAAGAUUAUAAUAUGUUACUCUGCAGAACUUUAAGGCUGUUUUUCUUCAAGAUUUUAGUGAGACAUGAACCAUUCGAGCUUGAGAGUCUUUGAAGGAAAGAAAGAAAAGAAAUAGCAAUGUGCCUACGAUCAUUGACCUACACGCGAAUAAACAAACACUUCUGAUAUCAAAAUAGUGGAUGAAAUUCUAUAUAAGGUUCUGAAAAAAAAAAAAAAUUGCAAUCUAAUCCUGUUAAGAGUAUUCAAGUAAAAUCUUUCCAUAAUCAAAACUUGUCACGUGCUCGGUGUGAGUCAGCGGGCGGGGAGGCAAAAUGGAGGUGGCGGGAGUGGGUGGGAGUGGGAGCAACCUGCGACCCUCGUUUUCACUGGAUUUUAGAAACCUUCGAAGUUCCAUCAGAAGACAAUUCAAGAAGGACUUUUACAUCGAGUCCCCGCAUGACCUGAAAGACAGCCUAAGGAAGAGUGCAGAGGCUGCCGGGCAUGUAACCUUGCCGAGCAGCAGCAGCAACAUUUCCCUGACCAGGCUGAGGCCAAUAGUAGAGCGAGCCUCAACCAGCCUCCAGAACCUUGAGGCCUCUCCGUAUAAAGCUCAGUCAGGAGCCACAACAUCGCCGACGAAGGAAAGUUUAGGGGAAAAGAUUUUCAGCAAAGUUAAAGGUCUAUACAGCAGCAGAGAUGACCUGGCCACCGACGGGAAAGAGAAGAAAAAGACAGUAAAAGGCUCGGAGGAAUCCAGUCCCAAGAGCACCGCCUUUAUCAGCAAGAUCAAGGACUUGUACAGCAGCAUGGAAGGCAUCAACAUGAGAGACAAGCCUUCCGCGGCAAAGCCACGUGGGUCCAUCGACGAAACGUUGAGAGGCCUCAACCUACUGCAGAGGCUAUACAGUAAGGAGGACAAGAGUGACGCAGAAGGAAACGACAUCAAUGUGGCCGCUCAAACGGAGGAUUACUGGAAGGGCGUCCAGUUUCUUGAUAAGGCCCAGGACAUGGUAAUCAAGGAUCUGGAAGAGGACGAGUUUCUGAACUCCCUUGAUGCAGACGACGACGUGCCAGAGCCGCCCCGUGACUGGCUGGAGCACGUCAAGCCACAGCCGGGAGAGCCGAAGCCGCCGCCGCCACCGGGACGAAGAGGAAGGAACUCCAUUAUCUCCUUAAAUGGCUCCAUUCAUUCCAUCUCAUCGCUGCCCACUUCGCCGCCUCCAGCUUCCGAAAGGGUCAUCAGGAACGCCAAGUACUCCAGCACCCGGCGAGGCAAGGUGGCCCGCCAGACCUUCCAGGUGUAUCCCAAAAGCUUUAAUCAGAUCAAAAAGUUCGGCUUGAAACUUUCCCGUCGCGUCAAGAAAUCCCGAUACAGUGAAGCCGUGCCUCCCGUCAGCGCCUCGCAGAUGAAGGACAUAUCCGUCCUGGAUGGCGUCCCUCGCUCCGCUCAUAACCACGACGUAGCAAAGGUGCUUCAUAAAAUUGUGUAUUGUUUAGAGAAAGAGACAGAUAAGGGAGAGUUUCAUAACAGCGAGAGGCCACUGCGUUGCAUUGAAUACGGAAACUUGACAACUGCGACUGUGUGAUCGUGAGCUAAGGAGAGACGAAAGUGAGGCUGACAUGCUGACACACUCAUUGCAUAAUAUUCUGAAAUUUCCUCGACGGUGAAACGAAAGAGAGGCAUUAAAGCUAAUACUAAAGUGGUAAUUUACUGAAGCAAACUUUCACUCUAAGAGCAAUAACAUUACAAUAACAUUGCAUGCAACAUUACUUAGUCCACUGAAGCGACGUUGUGAAUAUGUAGCGCAAUUCUGGUGCCUGAAAGUUGCUAAGGAUAUUAGCAAUUGGGUGUGUAUUUGUUGUCGUCUUCCUGCGCAGUGCAAGCAAAGUGAUUCCAGAAGUGUAAGAAUUUUUGUUAAUAGUCAAAAUGUAAUU